CCGGUGGAACGUAGGAGGGCGAGAGGGGAGGGAGUCGGUGCGUCGACGACUCGUCGCCGCCGUUGGCCGCCACGCGACCGCCGCUCACGAGGAAGCCAAGGAAGUUGAAGACGGCUAUGGGGAACGUCCACACAUGCGGGCCUAACGAGGCGCUCGUCGUGUCAGGCGGAUGCUGCGGCUCUAUGAAGAAGCGCACGAUCGUCGGUGGCUACGCGUUCACCUGGUGGUUUGUCACGGACGUGCAACGGCUCUCGCUCGAGGUUAUGACCCUGAACCCCGUCUGCGAAAGCGUGGAGACUGCCCAGGGGGUGCCGCUCACCGUUACCGGAGUCGCCCAGUGCAAGAUCAUGAAGGCCGACGAGCUCCUCCACACGGCCAGUGAACAGUUCCUCGGCAAGAACGUACACGAGAUCAAGUCUACCAUACUCUCCACCCUCGAGGGACAUCUUCGGGCUAUUCUCGGCACACUCUCGGUCGAGGAGGUCUACAAGGACAGGGACCAAUUCGCUGCCCUGGUACGGGAGGUAGCUGCACCCGAUGUCGGUCGCAUGGGUAUCGAGAUCCUCUCGUUCACCAUUAAGGACGUAUACGACGACGUGCAGUACCUGGCCUCGCUGGGCAAAGCUCAGACGGCCGCCGUGAAGAGGGACGCCGACGUUGGGGUGGCUGAGGCCAACAGGGACGCCGGAAUCAGGGAAGCGGAAUGCGAGAAGGCAGCGAUGGACAUCAAAUACAAUACCGACACGAAAAUUGAAGAUAACGCCCGAUUGUAUCAACUUCAAAAGGCAAACUUCGAUCAAGAAGUCAACACGGCAAAAGCGGAAGCGCAGCUGGCGUACGAGCUCCAGGCGGCAAAGAUCCGCCAGCGAAUACGUAACGAGGAGAUUCAGAUCGACGUAGUCGAGAGACGCAAGCAGAUCGAGGUGGAGGAGCAGGAGGUGCGCAGGAAGGAGCACGAGUUACAGAGCACCGUGAGGCUACCGGCCGAGGCCGAGAGCUACAAGAUCGGCAAGGUCUCCGAGGGCAAGCGCGUUCAGACGGUCGAGUCCGCCAAGGCCGAGGCCGAGCGGAUUAGACUCAUUGGCGAGGCGGAGGCUCAGGCGCUUCAAGCGAUCGGUAUCGCCGAGGCCGAGCGCAUGCACAUGAAGGCCAAUGUUUAUAACAAAUAUGGAGACGCCGCGGUGCUUAAUCUCGUGCUCAACGCGAUGCCGAAGAUCGCGGCGGAAGUGGCGGCGCCCCUCGCUAGGACCGAGGACAUUGUGCUGCUGGGAGGCAGCGAUGGGACGAGCGGCGAGAUAACGCGCCUCGUCGGCCAGGUGCCCCCGGCCGUUCAGGCGCUCACCGGAGUCGACCUCUCGAAAGUGCUUGGAAAGAUUCCGGGUGCCAAGUAAUUACAACGAUAGCACGGCAAAUGACGGCAGCGACGACAAAACCUACUACUGACGAGGCGUCGAAUUGGGGGAGAGAGACUGCGGCUGACUAUUUAAACGACUUAUACGGACUAAAUCUCAUUUCUUCUUUUUAUUAUGUCUCCUUUUCAAUUUCACCAUUCCCACUCUUCUCCUAUCACGCACUAUCUCUCGCGUCUUCUCAC